AUGAACAAUUUAAACAUCUCCAGAAUUGAUACUUUAGAAGACGAUGACCAAUCAUCAUCUUCUCCAAUAUCCGAUUUCGAAAUUAUUAGUAAUUGCGAUGAUGAUGUAAUAAGUAUUUCAUCUAGCCAUGAAAUUUAUGAUGAAUCGGCUGAUGAUGAAGAAUCAGGUUCUGAUGAUGACAAUCCGAUCGAAUUGUUAAAUGACUCUGAUUUUUUUUAUUCUGAUAGUGAUGAUAACCAAACAAUAUAUGAUGGCGACAAUCCUAGGAGUUCUAGAAGAUCUACUUCCUCAAAACAACAAAGAUCAUCUGAUUUACUUUCAGAUUCAAGUUCUAUUGAUAUUGUUCAAAUAUCUGGUAGAUGUGGGUCUCACGACUCUAAUAAUUGGUGUAGCAACUGCCGUCCGAAUUGGCUUAAUUAUACAAAUGUUAAAGCUUUGCACAUCAAAAACGCGUCGAUUAGUAAGUUCUUGAUUAAUAGCAACGAGGAAUCUCAUUGUUCAAGUUGUACUCCCAUUUGGAUUGAUUUUAAGUCCGGAUUGGAUCCAGUUAGGACUAGUGAAGGUCUUAUUUUAGCGAGCCCAACUUUCUUGGGCUCUGGUUCUAGAUCUCAUUCGAGUACUAAAAUAAAUGAAGUAGCGUUAAAAAAUAUCGGUUUAACUAAUAAUUAUGAUGAAAUAUAUUUCUCUGAUCUUUCCAACUGUAAAUCAUGUAUAUACAAAUCAGGUCAUGUUCUUCCAUACCUUGGUGUCAGUUUUCAUCCUGAAAACCUUAGAUAUAUGGUCGUUAUGCCAUUCUUGCCAAAUCGCAAUCUUAGAGAAUACUUGAAACAUCCGAAUAAUUUUAAAUCUUUCACUUGGUCGCACAGGCUUAACAUGUUACAUACUCUUGCAAUUGAGUUGGCGAAUCUGCAUAAUCUAGGAAUAAUCCAUAAGAACCUACAUCCAAACAAUAUCUUAAUUGGCAAGGAUAUCGAAGACCCAAUUAUUUCUGAUGUUGGUUUAAUGCCUCAAUUACCUUUCGCCACUUGUUCGUUACCUUAUGCUGAUUGUCCCCAUGAUGUCAAAUUGGCUAGGAAAAUCGUGGAGGGAACACGUCCUUCUAUUCCAGAUCAUGUGCCAUCUUUUUAUACUGAAUUGAUUAAGAUGUGUUGGGAUGCAUUUCCAGAAAAUCGUCCUGAUAUGAGAGAAAUUGCUGGUAUUUUCAAUUCUUGGAGAAAUCAACUAGUUGUUUCUGGUUCUAAUUAUGGUAAUUACAACACAAAUGAGCAUAAUACUGUCUACAAAGAAUUUAAAAAAGCUGAUGAGUUUCAGCUACAAAAUAAUUUUUUUUCUUCUAUAAUUAGAUUUAGUAAACUUCAUAUUGAUGCCAAAUAUUCUAGUUGUUUUUAUAAUUUUAAGUUUCCUAAAGAGUUGGUUCUAGUAAAUUUACCUUCUCAUAAACAAUCAAGUCUAUCAGCUUCUGUUAGACAACACACAAUUCCUGAUACUGGUCCCUUAAUUACUCCAAUCCCUGAUCCAAUUUAUGUUUCACCCGAUCAGUUCAGUUGCUUCAAAUGUGAAUCUAAUUUAGAUAAUUUAUAUUGGUGGUGUCAAACAUGUGAAACUUCUAGACUACGUGAUAAGUUUGGAAGUUGGACGAGCGGAAAUAAACAUGUUGAUCAAUAUAUUCAGUAUACUCAAACUCUCGCUCCUUCACGUGAAGGAUGUGUGGAAUGGAUACCAUAUUGUGAUUUUAAGGACAUUAAAGAGAUUGGUAAAGGUGGUUUUAGUACGGUUUUUUAUGCGAUUUGGAAAAGUGGUCCCAUGAUCAAGUGGAAUAGAUAUAAUCAACGAUAUGAUAGGAAAGGUAAUGUUAAAGUCGCUUUAAAAAGGUUAAAAGAUUCGCAAAAUAUUGGUCCUAGUUUUUUCCAAGAGUUGAUUGCGCAUCUUCACUGCGAAUCGAAUUAUUUUGUUCUCCGUUGUUAUGGAAUAACUCAAGACCCUGUAACAAAUGAAUACAUAAUGGUAACUGAUUAUGCUACCAAAGGUGAUUUCCGUACAUAUAUACGAAACGAAUUUAGAACGCUUAGUUGGGAAGGCCAAAUUUCUCUCCUUCAAAGCGUCGCACACGGUCUUAAAAUCAUUCAUGAAGAGGGGUGGAUCCAUAGAGAUCUCCAUAGUGGAAAUUUACUUCUUUCUCCAUCAUCAACUAAUGAACCAAUAGUUAUCGGUGAUUUAGGAAUGUGUCGACCAGUUCGUCAAAUUACUUUGCGAUGUCGUUCAACUGAAGUAAUUUAUCACGAUGAAAAAAAUGAUUCAAUGUAUACAGGAGGAUUUAGACACAAAAGUGAAGAAGGCAGGCAUCAUGAAUAUAAAAUACAUAGUCAGGCUAUUUAUGAAAGUAGAUGUUUUGAAGUUACACAACUUUUGAGAGAAAUUGAACAAAUAUCGACAACUAAUGAAGAUGAAGGUCUAAAACAAAAACAAGAACUAAAACAAGUUCAAACUGCAAAAGUGGAUUAUAUAGAUCCAUUGUUGGAUUAG